AUGCCUCGUACAGAUCUUCAUCGUCUCCAGGCGUUCGAUGGGCUAGGAAGCCCCGAUGCAGAGUCGUUGCGCUCAUUGACGGAAACAAUCCAAGAUGAAUACCACGAAUGGGUCAGCGAGUCUAGUCGGUCCUCGCGAACCGAUCAAUUACUGGACAACUUUCCCCAACCACCAAGGUCGGAAAGUUUGGAUGCGAUUGAAGAGGAAGAGAUGGGAGUAUAUCCUACCCCAAAACCUUCCAUCAAGAACCUGCGCCGACAUGCGACGGCCGAUGAGCUCCCUCUUCUACAACAAAUUAAUCCAAAUGAGGGAGCGCUAGAGUUGAAUCCCGUCAGUGAAGAAAACGGCUCAUAUGAUCUCAUUGCACCCUACGACGGCGGCGAUCUAUCACUUUUCCAGCUGGAACGCACGGCCGAUAUCAUGUUCUCGUCCGAACAUAUGCUCACCAUCCUAAAUAACCCCCGGUAUCUAGCUCGGUUUCGUGAUUUUCUUCUCGAAGAACGGCCACGCUCGAUUAUUACUCUCACCUACUAUCUUAAUGCAUCCAAGGCGCUCAAGGCAAUUCAAUAUGCCAAUGCGCUUGUUCGUCUCUCGGUUGACGUACCCCCUCCAGUGGUUCAGACGGACGGGGAAGCUGCCGGGGCGACUGUGAACCGGGUUUUGGAGCAGCGUGUUGUGGACGGGCUGUUGGCUCUGACUGCCGAGGAACUUCCUGCAUUCAUCACAUCACGAUGCAUCGCCAUCACAAGCAAGAUCGUCGAGCAGCGAGUCCGAGGAACCUUACCGAUGAAGUUUCGCGGGAAUUCGAAUGCCCUGGCAGAAGUCUUUUGCUUGACGGACCCAUCACGACCUGACAAUCCAAUUAUUUUCGCAUCAGAGGAGUUUCAUAGGACAACACAGUACGGCAUGGAUUAUGGGCUUGGUCGAAAUUGUCGCUUCCUACAAGGCCCGAAGACAAAUGCAAACAGUGUUCGUCGUCUUCGCGAAGCGAUCCAUGCAGGCCAGCAUCACUCGGAGAUGUUUCUCAAUUAUCGUCGCGAUGGCUCUCCAUUCAUGAACCUACUGCAGUGCGCACCACUAUGCGACAGCCACGGCCAUGUCAAGUACUUCGUCGGCGCCCAGAUUGAUGUCUCGGGACUCGCAAUGGAUGGAGUAUCAAUGGAAUCUUUGAUGGAACUACAACAUAAAUACCGCGGUCCCGAUGAAGACAGCAUCGCUGAGUCACCAGAACCAGAAGCAAAGGACGAGUUCCGGGAACUGACCGAGCUUUUCAGUCCGCGAGAACUCUCCGCUGUUCUACAGCAUGGUGGACACUUGUUUCAACCCAAAGCCCUCCAGUCUCCACAUCAACCGCGAUCGUGGUUGCAGACUGAUAUAUCACAAGACAGGGAGACUGAAUCGCUUCGUCUACAGGAUGUGAAAUCACCCUUUUCCCGCAUGUCAUUUGUGGGCGUGUAUGAAAAUUAUCUCCUCGUUCGACCCUACCCUUCGCUCCGGAUUCUGUUCACAUCACCCGCCCUCCAGAUUCCAGGGAUUCUACAAUCACCCUUCUUAUCGCGCAUCGGCAGUUCCUCGGCCGUGAAGGAGGACCUGCUACAGGCUAUGAAGGUUGGUCGCAGUGUCACUGCGCGUAUCAGGUGGGCGACGCGAUCCAACCCCGACGGUCGCUAUCGCUGGGUCCAUUGCACGCCUUUACUAGCGAAUAAUGGUCAAGUGGGUGUGUGGAUGGUUGUAGUUGUGGAUGAUGGAUAA